AUGGCUAUUGAAGAUAGCUUUGAUAUCGUGAACGAUCCUGGUGCAACAACCACCACGGUUCCCAGCGACCCAGCAACGGCGAAGCUUGGCACAGCAUUGCAAGACACCGAGAUUCCAGUCAAGCUGCUUUAUUCGAAAUCAAAAGUCUAUGUGCACCCCUCAACAAAAGUGAGCGACUUUAUCCCUGGCUAUAUCUCGAUUGUCGAAAAGGCACCUCAUGAGUAUUUGAUCGCUUGGACACCUGAAGCACUUAUACUCUCCAAGGAUAUGGAAGCGUUUGUUCAAGUGGAUAACAAUCCUGAGGAGGAAGAAGGUUCGACCGUCAUGAUUCCUUCCUUGAUGGAUAGGCCGCAUGAUCAAUACUCUCUUUAUGCUAUCUCGUCGCCGCUGGAAAAUAUCAAUUCGGUGUUUGUGCGGCCUCCUUGUUUCACCAAAUGGUACGGCAGCGUGGUGCUUAACUUUAAGGAUGGAUCAUCUUCAGCACCCUUAUGGUUCCACGAUGAUGAAAGUCGCAGCACGGUGCUUCAAAAGAAUACACAAGGUGGCAAGUUUAGCGAUGAUCAAGGUACCGAUUGUCAGGUCCGUUGGGGUGGCGAUGAGUUUAUGCACAGGCUAUGUCAGUUGACUCAAGUGACUCGAUCCGAGAAUGAUGCCCAUUUGUAUCUUGUGGGUGAAAGAAAAGCAUCAUCAACAGCAACAACAACAACAACAGCCAAAAAGCAGCAUGCUUAUGAUACUUCAGUAUUCGAUUCGACCCAAAUGGAUCCUUGGAUGGCGACAUGGAAAGAGUUUCGGUGGAAUGCAUUGGAAAAGCUCUCACGAAUCACAAAGUUCUCUCGUGAUGCUGCAGCCGGUGUCUUGAAUCAUCCUGCGUCUCGUCAAUUUACACGCAACCUUCCUCCCCGUUUACAAGAAGCCCUCAACACGGAUGCUGUGCGUGCUACAACAGACGACUAUGACUCGGCACGCAUUUAUCUUGCUAAAUGGGCAGCGGGACUAGCAGCUCGUUCGGAUCAAGAUACGCCUAUCGAGAGACGCUAUCGACAUGUGGGCAUCUGGGGCCAUGGUUGGGAAGAAGAAACUGCCUUGGGUGUCUUUGAAGUGUUGAAUAAUGAAAACGACUUUUCUAUCCCUACUCACACUCGCACGCAACCCAUCUCAGAGGCUGAAUGGCGAUCGUUUUUCGAUGAUCAAGGCAGAUUAUCUGUAGGCGAACCCUAUAUCCGCAAGCGUAUCUUUUGUGGUGGCCUUGAUCCAAGUAUUCGAAGAGAGGCGUGGUUGUUCCUUACAGAUGUCUUCCCAUGGAAUUCGACAGCGGAUGAGCGAGAGCGAUUGGCUGAACAAUACAGACAAUCAUAUCGAGAGCUAAGAAGCAAAUGGUUGGAUGAUCCAGAGGUCAAGGAAAGUGCAAAGUUUCAAGAUCAAAAGCACAGGAUAGACAAAGAUGUCCAUCGAACGGAUCGUACAGUGCCAUUCUAUGCCAAAGAAGAUAUGCCCAAUCCCGAUGUCACCAUGCAUGUCGGCACCAAUGAGAACCUGGAAAAGCUCAAAGAGCUCUUGUGUACAUACAACAUGUACAAUACAGACCUUGGCUAUGUCCAAGGCAUGUCAGACCUUUUGUCUCCACUUUACAUGGUGAUCCAAGAUGAUCUCGUAUUUCAAGCCUUUGUUGGUUUCAUGAACCGUACUAAGUCCAACUUUUAUAUGGAUCAAUCAGGGAUGCAUCGACAAUUGCUGAUAAUGGAUACCCUUUUGCAAUUCAUGGACCCAAGCUUAUACAAGCACUUCCAGCGUGCGGACAGCGACAAUCUCUUUUUCUGCUUCCGAUGGUUCCUUGUAUGGUUUAAGAGAGAGCUUUCAUGGGAUGAUACCUUGACCAUGUGGGAAGUCUUGUGGAGCGACUAUCUUACCGACAAGUUUAUGUUUUUUGUUGCAUUGGCAAUCCUUGAUCAGCAUCGAGACUCCAUCAUCGAUUACCUUCGAUCAUUUGAUGAGAUUAUCAAGUAUAUCAAUGACCUUUCUAUGGGCAUCAAUGUUCAAGAGACGCUUCAAAGAGCAGAGAUCUUGUUUUACCAAUUCAAGCAACGUGUUGAAGCUGUGGAUACAAAACGUGAGCAGCUACAGCAAUCAUUGGAAUCUUCUAGUAAAGAAGCAAAGGAAGAACGUCGUGAUCUGCAAGCACAAUUGAACAAGUUACCUACCGUGAGCGAGAUGUUACGUGAGCUCAUCGCCACUGAAGAGGAAUCCUCUAAUAUCGCCACCAACAGCAAUAGUGAAAAGGAAAAGGUUUAA